GCACGGGCUGUGGGCGAGAGGCCGGGCGUCGCAGGUCCUGACAGGGAAGAAGUUGGCAGGUCCUGACAGGGGAGAGCCGCGGCGGAGGCGUCUCCGCGUCCAGUCAGCCCUGAUGAUGGAGUCGCAGGUCGCGGCCGCCGGGGCUGGAAGGACAGAAGCAGACGCGGGCAAGGCUCCCACGAUUGGCAGUGCCACCCGGGGGCCGGUGGUUUCGGCGCCCAGGGGGGCCGUCCGGUGGCGGCUUCUGCGACAGGUUCUGAGGCAGAAGCAGCUGGAUGACUGUCUGAGACAUGUGUCUGUGAGAAGAUUUGAAUCGUUUAAUCUGUUCUCAGUCACAGACGCCAACAAAAGGGGAAGUGAAGAGGAGGAUGGUUCCUGGGUCCAGUACACGAGCGUCUUUUAUCCCGAGUACAGCAUCUCCGUAAGGCAUAACAGUGGCUCGUUAAAUGUGGAAGACGUUCUUACCAGCUUUGACAAUACAGGGAAUGUUUGCAUCUGGCCGGCUGAGGAGGUUUUGGCUUACUACUGCCUCAAGCACAGUAAUAUAUUCAGGGACCUUGCUGUGUGUGAGCUAGGGGGUGGCAUGACAUGCUUGGCUGGGCUCAUGGUUGCUAUUUCUGCAGAUGUCAAAGAAGUUCUGUUAACUGAUGGGAAUGAAAAGGCCAUCAGAAUAGAUGUAAACAGCAUCAUCACAAGCAAUAAGAAGACUGGCGUGUUUAAGACUCAGAAAAUAUCAAGCUGCGUUUUACGAUGGGAUAAUGAGACAGAUGUCUCUCAACUGGAAGGACAUUUUGACAUUGUUAUGUGUGCUGACUGCCUAUUCCUGGACCAGUACAGAGCCAGCCUUGUUGAUGCAAUAAAGAGAUUACUCCAGCCCACAGGGAAAGCAAUGGUAUUUGCCCCACGCCGAGGGAAUACUUUCAACCAGUUUUGCAGUCUAGCCGAAAAAGCUGGUUUCUCUCUCCAAAGACAUGAAAAUUAUGAUGAACACAUUUCAAACUUCCACUCCAAGUUGAAAGAAGAAAACUCGGACAUAUAUGAAGAAAAUCUCCAUUACCCCCUUCUGCUUAUUUUAACCAAAAAGGGGUAGAAGGCCGAGGGAACGCCGCACACACAGGGAACUCUUUUCACCAGAUGAGGCCUCUGCCAUCGGUGCCCCAGACUCAGGACCGCAGCCACUCUUCCACAUUCCACACCUUGGUUCUGGGACUCUGCCCCCCUGGCUUGUUGCUCUUCCGUCCCUAACCUCUGUGUGUUUUUAUGUGUCAGCAGCCUGUCUGAGAUCAGAAUUGGGCUUGCGAGCAAUCUAAAUAUUUUUCUCUCUAAAGCAGAAUUUCUUUUGAUAAUUCCCACCUGUCCCCCUCUUUUAUAAUUGUCUUUGUUCUGUUUGUUAAUAGUAGUCUUUCCCUGUAAACAGAAAACAUCACUCUUUCUGGUUAAAUAAAUAAUAAAUAAAUAAA